GUAUGUUUGCAAGGCUUUGUUAAGAGGAACGGAUUUGCUUUAAGCGUAAGGAACCCGCUGACAAGACCCGCCUCAGGCAUUGUUACCUCAUACGCUUUCGUUGUUGUUCUGGCCUAGGAAGGUCUUUAAUUAUAAGCCAUGGACGACAUCUCAGCCCUUUUCAACCAGUAUGAGAAUGAGUACUGUAACAAGAGCACAGAUAUAUCGCGAAAAAUUAACAUGGCAACCACCUUAAGUGGAGAAAACAAGCGGAAAAAACUAGCGGAGGUGGAUGCGGACAUCAGGGAGGCUGAUAACAUUAUUAAGAAGAUGGACAUGGAGGCUCGCUCCGUUGCUCCAGACCGGUCAAAGCAGCUCCAAAACAAGGUCAAGGAGUAUAAGGCGGACCUUGCCUCGUUGAAGGAGCAGCUAGGCAAGGCCAGAUCCAGCUCAAAUGACUACGAAGCAGCACGUGCGGAGCUGGGUCUGGGUAUGGACCACGCCUCCUCCUCCCAGGCGCAGCGCGACCGCAUGCUGUCAGCCACCGCCCGCCUCGAGCAGUCCAGCGAGCGGUUGCAAGCGGGCAAGAAGAUGCUGGCGGAGACGGAGGAGCUGGGUAGCGGCAUCCUGGCCAACCUGGCCUCCCAGCGCGAGACCAUCCUGCACGCGCGCGACACGCUGCACGGCGCCGACGACAACAUCAGCCGCGCGCGCAAGAUCCUGUCGGGCAUGUCUCGACGCAUGCUGCAGAACAAGCUGAUCAUGUUUGGCAUCAUCGGCUUCUUGCUGACGGGCAUCAUCCUCAUCAUCUACUUCAAGGUCAAGUAGAGGAGGAGGCGGAGCAGGAGUGUUCGGGAACGAAGGAGGGGGAGAAGUGGAGGCAGGAGACGGAAUAAGGGGAGAUGGAAAAGGAGGGAGGGAGAUACUAGCUUAAGAAUGGGGAAGAGUGUUAGGUAACGGUGGGGACAUGGGGAGCCUCGUCAAGGUGUUAGGGGGCCGCUUGCGGGUAGGAAUGGCGUGUGGGAGCAGGUAUUGCAGCUAGGCUGGGAGCUAGCGGUCAGGUGGGGGGGGCUUGCUUGCUGGCAUUACCACCCGCCCCUCGGCAGCGCGUUGGCACAUCAGGGGGCAAGCAAGAGGUAUGUCUCCGCAUGUGCGCGCCCCGUUAGGGAGCUGGGGAGGAUGGUGGGUCGUAUAGCAAAAGCCUAGUGAACAUGCUACGAAUGAGAUUUUUGUCGUGUACGCUGCAACAAGAGGGGGUGGGUGAGAAGAGGGCUGCUGUCUUGGUUUCGUUUUUGCCACGGCUGACGAUGUGUGCCUUUGGGCUGCGGCAACACUUAGCACUGGCUGGGUUUGCUGCUGCCGAUACGCUCUACUGGGG